UGCUUAAUAUAUGAACAUCUCAUUGUUUACAAUUAUAUAAUUCUUGGAACGUGACCAUUUGAAAUGAAAAUAGGCUAGAUGUGAAUUUCCAACCCUGAUCGAAACCGAAAGUAAAAUGUUCACCUGAGAUUAGAGAGCUGCAGAGAAAAAAUUAAAAUGGAGAUAGAGGAGGGAGAAACUUCGAGUUGGUUAGGAAAUGGUUCAAAGCGAAAUAUUUCCCGUGAUCGUUGUGGUUUUACAACAACUCGCUGUGUUUGUCUGUUUGUAUCCUGGAUCUUCUCUGCAGUUUUAGUUGUACUAAUUAUUCUGAUUAUAAAACUUAAUGAAAGUGUACUGAGAAAGAAAGACAAUAAUUUAAUAUCUUCGGUCGAAUUUUCUAAAUCACUUCCUAUGGAUAGUUUAAUAUGUUUGCCAUGUAGUGAAAGUACGCGGACAAUUCCUGUGAAACUUGAUAUUGCCUCCAAUUGCAAACUGUCAUUAUGCUGCGAAUACCACACAAGUGCAUCGACGAUUUCGCUUACAAAAUUGUUGGCAGGGCAGUCGAGAAGUAUAGCAGCAUUUUCUGCAAGAAAUGAGUCUUCACACAAGAUCGACCUUCCUUAUGUUCCCCACAAAGAGAAAGCACACGUAGCAGAAUUCACUACAAAUACUUCUCAAAUUGCUGGGAUGCCUUCAAUUUCUUCACUGAACUUCACUGUUCCAGAGAGUGCCGUGUACAGUGUUUACUUACAUUUUACAUUCAAACCUGUUGUUCCCAAAAUAAGCACGGAUCAUAUUUUGAUUAAUAUUUCUUUUAAUGACGCUGAUGAGCAAAUUUUCUCCAAGAAACUCGUUCUUCGUGAGUCAUUGCCGAUUUCGGGAUACGAGAACUUGGUUUUGUUUGAGCACAUCUACUUGUCUGAGGGUUCAUAUGUUGUCCGUUUAUCAGACACAAUGAUUGUACAUAACUAUGCAGCUUCUAGACUUCUGUCUGUACACCAGAUAUAAUUUUAUAUGAAAAAGUACAAAGUGAACGUAUAUUUAUAUCUGAGAACAGAAACUUUUUUGUUUUAGCUGAUCGUUGUUAUAUCACAGGACGCAAUCCAAUGUCUUGUACUUGUUAUAUAAUAAUAAUAUUUGCGUA